AUGUCCGAGGAAAUGGCCACGCCCGAAGAAAUCAACGCUGUCUUUGACAAGUUGAAGAAGCAGGCCUCUAACAAGGUCUGCUUUGACUGUUCCAACAAAAACCCGACCUGGACGUCGGUGCCAUUUGCGGUCUUCCUCUGUAUCGAGUGCUCUGCCGUGCACCGUAACGCCGGGGUGCACAUCACGUUUGUGCGUCUGUCAAAUUUGGAUAAAUGGACGCGCUUGCAAUUGCGCGGGAUGAAGUGUGGUGGCAACGAAGCCGCUAAGAAGUACUUCAUCUCCAACGGUGGGUCGACCUUUUUGAACAAGGAUAUCGAUGCGAAGGACAAGUACACGCUGAGAGUCGCGCUCAACUACAAGGAGAAAUUGCAGCAGAGAGCAAAGCUUGACGCCGGCCAGUUCCCAGACCGCGUCGUCGUGGAGGAGGCGGAUGACGUGGUUUCUGAGGGUAGCAACGGCAGUGAAGACGACUUUUUCUCCAACUGGGAAAAGCCCAUCACUUCAGCCUCGCCGUUGACCUCGAGACCGAUCACCCCGAAGUUGGGCGAUGCAGAACUCAAGAAGCCCGUCAGGACCACGCGCCAGACGGUGUUGAAGUCUGCGAAGAAGACCAGCAUCUUAUCGUCGGGCAACGGGCCAAAGAAGACGCGUUUAGGCGCCAAGAAGAUUGUUGCAGAGGAUAUUGACUUUGACGAGGCGGAGAGAACCGCCAAGCAGGAGGCGGAGGACGCCAAAAAGUUGGGCUACAACCCAAAGGAGGUGGAGGUGGUCAAGCCGGUAGUCAAGCCAGCCAGCGCAAGAUACGAAACCGACUUCUUCGAGGACGCCGAUGAAUACUCCGAGCCUGCAGUCGUGGAGACUGCCCAGGUGUUUGCCAAGUUAGGUUUCGGCAUGACCGCCGGAGAGAACCCCUCGGAGCCGGCCAAGACCUAUGCGGCAGGACCAAAGUACACCGGGAAUGUCGCGAACAAGUACGGUACCCAGAAGGGGAUUUCGUCGGACGAGUUCUUCGGGCGCAACGCGCACGACUCUGCGCUCCAGGAGGAGGCCAGGUCCAAGUUGCAGUCGUUCAACGGCGCGCAGAGCAUCUCCUCGUCGAGCUACUUUGGCAACGAGGAACAGACGAACGAAUGGAACCUGUCUAGAGGCGGGAACGACUUGGAGGCGACCGCGAGAGAGUAUGCCUCGCGUGCUAUGGGAACUGCGAGCGAGGAUUUGGAAGUGUUGAAGAAUGCCUUAGAGGAUGGGGCGACCAAGUUGGGUGGGUAUUUGAGGGAGUAUCUCCGCUGA